UCCGCCCCCCUCCGCAGUGCCGGGUGCCGCCAGGCCGGGAGGGAGCAGUCUCUGGGCACCGCCGCGUGGGACUUGCCGCCAUGAGCCGCCUCACUCUCCCCGUCCUGCUCGGUGUUUUCCUGGCGCUGGCGGUGGCUGGGCCCGCCCAGUUCUUCCGGGAGGAAUUCGGGGACGGAGAUGCCUGGACCCGCCGGUGGGUGGAGUCUAAGCACAAGCCUGACUACGGCCGGUUUGUUCUCACGGCUGGGAAGUUUUACGGCGAUGCUGAGAAGGACAAAGGGAUCCAGACAAGCCAAGAUGCCCGGUUCUAUGCCAUCUCUUCUCGCUUUGAGCCCUUCAGCAACCGGGACAAGACGCUGGUGGUGCAAUUUACAGUGAAACACGAACAGAACAUUGACUGUGGUGGCGGCUAUGUCAAGCUCUUCCCAGCCAGCCUCAACCAGGAGGACAUGCAUGGCGACUCAGAGUACAACAUUAUGUUUGGCCCUGACAUCUGUGGCCCCGGCACUAAGAAGGUUCAUGUCAUCUUCAACUACAAGGGGAAAAAUGUCCUGAUCAACAAGGAUAUUCGGUGCAAGGAUGAUGAGUUCACCCAUCUCUACACACUGGUGGUGCGGCCUGAUAACACUUAUGAGGUGAAGAUUGACAACGGGCGAGUGGAGUCGGGGAGUCUGGAGGAGGACUGGGACUUCCUGCCCCCCAGGAAGAUCAAGGACCCUGAGGCUCGGAAACCUGAUGACUGGGACGAGCGGGCCAAGAUUGAUGACCCUGAGGACACUAAGCCUGAGGACUGGGACAAGCCCGAACACAUCCCUGACCCCGAUGCCAAGAAGCCAGAGGACUGGGAUGAGGAGAUGGAUGGGGAGUGGGAGCCCCCUGUUAUCCAGAACCCUGAGUACAAGGGCGAAUGGAGGCCCCAGCAGAUCGACAACCCAGACUACAAGGGCAAGUGGGUGCACCCUGAAAUUGACAACCCUGAGUACAGCCCUGACCCCCACCUCUACGCCUACGACAGCUUCGGGGUCAUUGGUCUUGACCUCUGGCAGGUGAAGUCUGGUACCAUCUUUGAUAACUUCCUCAUCACGGAUGACGAGAAGCUAGCAGAGGAGAUUGGAAAUGAGACCUGGGGGGCCACCAAGGAAGCGGAGAAGAAAAUGAAGGAGCAGCAGGACGAGGAGCAGCGGAAGAAGCAGGAGGAGGAGGAGAAGCAGCAGAAGGAGGAGGAGGGCGACGACGAGGGGGAAGAUGAGGAUGAGGAUGAGGAGGAGCCCGAGGCCGAGCCCGAGGAGGCGGAGGCGGCCCCGCGGGACGAGCUGUGAGGGCCCCCGGCGGGACCCUACUGUCUCUGUGAGACCUGGACUCUUUUCUACGCGCCCCCCGCCUGCGGGCCCGGGGAGCGGGGGCCGGGCCGGGCCCCCCAGCGGAGCGAGGACUCGGGAACGGCGCCGGGGCCCGGUACCGGCGGAGGGGAGGGGGGACGGGGACAGGGAGAGAAAAGGGGAGAGGGGGCUGCGACCCCUGCCCCCCCGCCGGUACCGGCGCGGUGAUGGGGGUGGGUGGCUGGCGGGGAGGUGUGGGGGGGGGCUCCGUGGGCGCACGUGACUGUACGGGUGUUGCGAAUCCGGUUUCUAUUAAAUUAACGCUCGGUCCCGGCCGUGGCCUCCGCGCCA